GCCAUUUUUGCAGCGCGAAAAUUUCAAAAUUGUGAACAAAUUGAUGAAAACCUCCAAAGGAAAAGUGGUUCUAAAACUAAAUCAAUCAUUUCCAUUUCUUUCAGCUUCCAACUUGGUCGAUGUCGUCGCUUUCGUGUCCUUCUGAGCCUCCUGAUGUUGGAAAUUGGUUCUCAAGCUAUGAAUAUGAGUCUCCCAAUCUGGAUUCCAAUUUCACUCUCGAAGAAUCCUCUUUUGGAAAACGCAAAUCCCUGCAUAUAGAUGAAGAACAAGAAGGGGCUCAAGAUGAAGAGGCUGUUAGAGAGAAGCUAGUACAAUGUAAUGAAGAUCGGUGUUUGACCAAGAAUAUGGAUUCUUGCAGUUCAUGCUCACUCUUCUCUGAGCCUCCAAAUAUCAGAAACUGGUUCUCAAGCUACAAUUACGAGUCUUCAGCGUUUGAUACAUGUAGUCUUUUAAACGACGAAGAGGUUUCUGACGGGAAUAGGUGUGUGGAGGAGAGGUUUGAUUUUAAAGUCAUAAAUAAAGAUGAAGCCAAGACCGAGAUUGUGCAGCCGGAAGUUUGUGUUGAACACAAUAGCUCUUUUGAUGUUAGUUAUGGAAUGAAGAAAAAUAUAAAUACUGCCAAUACUUCCCAUUUGGAAAAGAUUUUGCAGCCAUGCAUGCAAGUUAAGGAACUGCAACACAGUCUUGGUUCAACCAAGCAUAAUGAGAUGGUGAACCGGAAUCGUGGAAGUCCUGGUUGUAAUGGAGAAGCACAUUUUAUGUCAUUGAACACUCAUACAAGUGCAAUGAGACCUCCAAAUCUGGUACAAAAAAAUGGUACAGAAGAAGCGAAAUCAAAAGUUGAAAUCCAAGCUGAGAAACUUGACAUUAACACAGGUUUAUCUAAAAGCUUCUUGGCAGGCAGGUCAGCAUGUACUGGAAAUAAAGAAAAUGAUGGUUUUGUUACAACAAGGAAGAAAAGUAGCACCAGAGCAAAUGGUGAAAAUUCUUGGAAGAAACCAGAAAAGACAUUAUUGCAGUGUUCAACAAGUACAGGAACAGUUCCACAGGCAUGUGAAAAGCGCAAUGUUGCAAAGAGAAAGGCAUUGACAGAAGCAACAAAUCUUCAACAAUCCAAUGCUAUUGAGAUUACAGGGAAAUGGCAAUGCCCACAGAAACGUAAACCGGAUAAAGGACCUGCUUUGAAGCAACUUAGGCUCGAGCGAUGGGUUCACAAGGUUGAAAAGGUCUCCCCUCAAUGACAAAGUUGGGUCAUUUCCCAAAUGCUGUAGUAUAUUGGUUGUCUAUGAAAGUAGCAAGUUCUAUGUUGCAAUGGAAAGCAAAAUUGCUGAAACAUUAGGGGUGUAUUACAUAUACUAUCUUGUAUUACUCUUGCAAUUUGGUUGAGCGGGUUGUGUUAUGUGGUUCGUUGAAUAAUUUUUGUUAGUUUUGAUCUACAA